AUGUCCAAAUCCAUUGUCAACACGGUUCCUUACCCCUUCGCCUUCGAUCAAGCGCCCCUGCGCAAGCCAGGAAAAUCUGGACAGAACGAAGAUGUCAAUGUAACACUUCCCAAUGUGCGCGGCAAGAUCCCAUCUAUCCAGGCUUCGCGGCUCCGAACCAUGAUGCUUGCGGCUUCGAAAGACCCGAGCAAGAUUCUCGCCCAUUGCUGCAGUUACGAUGGCCUCUCGUCUCGAUUGGUCGAGGAAGCCAACUUCCCAAUGAUCUUCCUUGCUGGCUACCCAGUCGCAAGCUCCUACGGCCUCCCCGACACCGGCUAUAUUGCCAUGGCAGAGAUGUGUGACAAGAUUCAAGAAGCGUGUCGCCAGACCACCGUCCCGGUAAUGGCGGAUGGAGACACUGGUUAUGGAAGCCCGAUGAACGUUAAAAGAACAGUACAAAGUUACGCACAGGCCGGAGCCGCAGGCAUCAUGAUUGAGGACCAAACCUGGCCGAAACGCUGUGGACACACAAAAGGGAAAGCAGUGGUCUCCAGAGGCGAGGCGUUCGCUAGAAUCCAGGCUGCCUGUGAUGCACGAAAUGAAGGUCUCGACAUCUUCGUCUUAGCACGUACUGACGCUCUUAUUCACGGCUGGGACGAGGCCAUGGCUAGGGCUUUGGAGUUCAAGCGCAUUGGAGUUGAUGCUGUCUUUGUUGAGGCUCUCCCGGAUCGCGAGGCAAUGGCCCGAUGCGUCAAGGAGCUCGACAUGCCGGUCUUUGCCAACAUCAUCGAAGGGGGAAAGACUGAGAACUUGUCAGCCCAAGAUCUUGCACAACUUGGCUUUUGCGCUGUAGCUUAUCCUUGGACACUGGUCGCUGCGAAGCUCAAGAGCAUUCGGGAAACAUUAGAGGCCCUCAAGAAGAGCAUGACAGUAGGGGCUCCGCCUAUGAUCCUGUCGUACUCGGAUGUCUGCGAGGGUGUAGGUUUCAACAAGUACUGGGCUGAAGAGGAAAGAUACAAAUUCAAUGAGCAAGGCCUCAUCCAACGAACAAACGGUAACCACUAG